GCGCCGCUGAUCCGCGGAGCUCAGUGAGUUUCGGCCUCUUUUUACCCCGAAAACAACGCUUAAAGCACUGAUCCGGGACAGAGCCUUUCCCCGGGAGUUGCAGCAUAAACAGGACCGGCGGGUUUGAUCGGUGUUACCGGGAAAGCAGCGAGCACCGUGGAGGAUUUCCUGGUUCAGAGUCUUCAGUGGGAGGAGCCUGAGAAGUUGACUUCCUUUUUUUUUACCUGUGUGGGCGGAGUCAGGGUGAGCCUCCGAGAUGUGAAACUGCCAAUCAAACGGGACCAGCCUGAAGUGCAUCCAAUCAGUGUCGGCGCUCUGAGAUGCAUCUGAAGUCGUGUCCAAAGCUGUUGCGCUCAGAGCUGCGCCUGGACCUGGGUCAGCAGCAGGGGGCGCUGCUGAGGCGAGGCCAGAGCCUGCGUGUCCCAUUGGCCGCUCUGUCCACCAACACGCUCCGCUGCAGUCCUGUGGGGGGCGCUGUGCUGGCGGCGCGGGCCAAGGGCUCAGAGAACGCAGUGUUCACAGAGGAAGAGGGGGGCGGUCUUGACGUUUGGAGCGUUAUCAAACCGGGACAUGUGAGAGAGAAGAUCGCUCUGUUUGCCCAUGACACGCCCAAUGAGAGAAACGCCAAAGGGAGCUGGGAUGUCACUGCCAAACGUCGCAGAAGAGCCAGCCAAAUCCAACCAGCUCAAGUCCUGCAGUCCCCCCAGGCUCCGGUGACUCUGAGCCUGCAGCCUGCCCCCCGGGAACUUCUCCUCUCCCCCCUCCCCCCUCUCCCACCCCUCUCUUCCCCUGACCCCUCUGACCCCGUCGAAGACGACUCUAAACUCUCUGUGGUGGAAAUGGUCGCGUUUUUGGAGCAACGCGUCAUCACCCGCUCGCCGCACGCCAAACUCCGAAGCUCCACCUCCAUCAUGCUGUCCCGAGCCCAGCCCCCUUCUUCUGCCUCCUUGCUUGCUGACCCCCAGCCUGUCCCCCCUUCAGACCGGCCAAUCUCGUUGCAGCAGGGGGAGGAGCCAGACAGCGUGAGCGUUUCCGAUAUGGUCGCUAAGCUGGAGUCUCAGUGUUUGCGACGAAGGACUCAAAGUGAACAGCGAACAGUUGGACGCGUUCUCUUAGCCGAGCAAAACCACGCCCAGCUUGCCAACACGCAGCCAAUCAGCAUCUCCAAACCACUCAAAGCCACGCUCACUGACUCCUCGACCACAGAAACAAGAAAGACAUCUGUUAGCUUUUGUAAAACGGACGUAAAAGUCAAAGUUACAUGUUUUUCUACUGAUACAAAGGAGGUUAUUAAAACUGUCACAAAAAACACGCCUACUAUGCCUGAACGCAGCGACGCCAUUGGACGAGGCAGAACACAAUCCCCGCCCUCCUGUCAAUCUAAACCUGCCCAGCUAAGUUCACAAGUCAAACUUAACACAACGCAAAAAUGUGAGUCUAAAGAAACUCAGAAAUCGCCAGCAAGUACUGCGGACAUUUUGAGACCUCCUGUUCGCUCGGAGGUGGCGUUGGCAAAGAUGAUCAAAAUGGAGGAUGUGUUUUGUGUUAAAGAUGUGACUAAACCUGACCCUAAACCCGAUGACGCAUUUAAAACAGUAGGACCAUCCUGUGUAAAGUUAAAAAACACUCCUUUAUCUGAGUUUAAAACUGAAAAAUCACAUGAAAGUCCAAAACUGGAGGAGCCACUUCCUGGUUUGCUGUUCCUGACCCCUCCCUCUAAAGUUGCAUCCCUGUCCCCAAACUCACACUCUGAUUCGUUCUUGGUUCUGUCCAGGUCUGAACUUGUUGUCCAGUCAGAGCAGAGAAAAACUGAAUGGCAUCACAGCAGCUCAAACUCUGAUUCGUUCACUGUUCUCUCGCUGGAUCUCACGGGCCAAUCGCAAACGAGGACACAGUGCUCCUUCUCACUAAGUCCUGCCUCCUCCUUGCCUUCGGACCAAUUGGAAAAGAAAAAGCACCAACGCUCUCAAAGUCCCACCUCCACUUGUGACUCCACUCCAAUCAGAACACUCCAGUCCAGCUCUAGGGAUCUCAUGGUCCAAUCAGAGAAGAGGAAAGCAAAGUCAGACUCUAACCUGUCACACAGCUCAUUGGAUUUUGUCAUCCAAUCAAAAACGAGUAAACCCAGCAGCGUCCAAUCAGAGAGAAGCUGUUUAAUGGUUACAAAGGCUUCCUGCGAUCAAACUGACCAAUUACAGAACAGCAGUGAUUCCUUCAUCCAAUCAGAGAAGCGGAAGUCCUGCCCUGUCACUGCAUCAGAGUUCAGCAUCCAAUCCAAGGCCAGCAUUGAACUGUUACCCAUUGAGAGCCAAUCACAGCGCAGAAGGCUGAAUCGCAUUGCUCAAUCAGAGAAGAGGAAAUCAUGCCCCGUGAUGGUUUCUGAUUGGACAAACUCUCAGUACCUCGACCAAUCACAGACACUGAAAGCCCCAUCAGACUCCGCUUUAGACACGAGCCAGUCAGAGCAAAGGAGGCCCUUCCUGGCCCCUCCCUCUGGUCAAUCAGAGGCUCGUUCCUGCUGCUCGGUGCUACGCUCUUCCUCGGACGCCGCGGUGCUGCUGCGCUCCUCGUCUGACGUGGGCUCGGAGCGCCGGCGCCGCAGGAAGGCAACAAGAACCUUUAGUGUUGGUGAGGGCCGUGUCUCGGAGGACUUCCUGUUGAUGCGGCGCCGCGUGCAGAGCCUUUUGGAGCCGCGAUCGAGCCUGUCCUAUCUGUCGCUCCUGCCACACCACCUGCUCCUGCAGAUCUUGCUGCACCUGCCGACCCGCGCCCUGGCAGCGCUCAAGUGCACCUGUCACUACCUGCGGCUUGUCAUUGACACGUACGAUCCGCGGCCCCUUGAUGCGCUCUGGGUGUGCGACCCUCGUUACCGUGAUGACCCCUGUAAACAGUGUAAGCGCCGUCACCAGCGUGGCGACGUGUCGCUGUGUCGCUGGCAUCACAAACCCUUCUGCCAGGCCAUGCCGUAUGGUCCCGGCUACUGGAUGUGCUGCCACGGCGACCGCCGCGACGCUCCAGGAUGCAACGUCGGUCUCCACGACAACAGAUGGGUGCCUGCCUUCCAUAGCAUCAACGCUCCAAUCUACCGCCAGAGGCCGCGGGAGGAGGACGAGACGUAAAAGUAUCAAAGUAUAAGGACAAUAUCUCUGUAAGCGAAAUAUACCAACAGUACACAGAGGAGCUGAGAAGUACUAACACUAAAAUAAUACACCCAAAACAGAGCGGACACAAGAACUGUAAUGUGCUAAUCUACAGGCAGGGGACGCCGCGAGCAGGACGCUAAUGUUGCAGUAUGCUAACGGUACAGUAUGCUAAUGCUACAGUAUGCUACAUGCUUGACACGCCCAAAACCCCACAGACUCACUACUAACACUACGGCUUCCCCUGGAGCACCAGGAUCCAGACACUCAGAAAUCAUGGACCAGAACGACAGCACUGUCUCAAAUACACAGAGGAGGAGGAGCAGGAGGAGGAGGAGCAGCAGCAGCAGCAGGAGGAGGAGCAGCAGCAGAGCUGACGGAAUCCAUUUAUCACAACUAUGAACGAACAGAGACUGAGAAGAGUGAGAGAAAUUACUAAAAGUAUCCAGUUGUAUCACAAAAUAAAAUCUAAUUUAAGAUUUAGAUUUCAAUUUUCAAAUUCAAAUGGGAGACCAAAGAGCAAACCCCUAAAAUUUAGUGUUUCUGAUAUCAGACAAUCAGAAAGGAAAACACUCGAAGUCCCACUUCGCCCAAUCAGAACACUUAUUCCUGACCUUAUAUUGCACAGUGGUGAUGGACUAGAAUCCUUUUCCUAGAUCAAUUACUAGGGUCUAAUGACUCUUUAUGAACAGAUUGGGUAGGGAGAGGGACAGCAAAAAGCUAAAGGCAUAUUGGGAUACAUUUUAGAUAAUUGACACAUAAAAAUGUGUUUCUUAGUGUCUUCCAAAAGCAGUGAAUGUUUAAAUAAACACAGAGGAGUCCUGGGCCCAUGUUUGUGAUUGUAGGAAGUCACAAAAUGGCCGCCGGUUCUCAGAUGAUGCAGAUCCAGCAGCCACAGCGAAGAUAUUAAAGAUAAUUUUAAGUGUUUAGAGUCUCAGUCAGGGCCCUUAACACAGUCAUUCUACCAACAGAAAACAGCUCAUUACAAAUUGAAAGGAUCAGAAAAAGCAACAGAAUCCAAGUUUACCAUUCAAAUGAACACGCGUCUAAAUCGUUUUCAGUUGCCACAAGUUUCUUUUUUCCAACAGUUUGACUUGACUUCUCUCUGCUCCAUCUGUGGAUCAUUGUGUUUAUUGAUAGAUGCAGUCAAGUCAGACCAGGGAUGCACUGAUCAUGUGUUUAGUGACAGGUGCAGUCAGGUCAGACGGGGAUGCAUUGAUGUUGCUUUUUCACAUCAAAUUUUGAUCGGCGUUCAUGGGUUUCAGACAAACUGUUCCUGAUGUGAAGGACUUUGGGGGAAGUCUUCACCAGGAACUCGCAUUCUAAAAAUGCAAUAUUUGGAUUUGAAUUGCUUAAUUGCUAUGACCACAGAGGAUGAUUGCCAGGCAACCCACAAAUAAAUAUCUGCUGUUACCUGAUAUCAGCCGAUACCAAACAUUGAGACUUUCUGAGUACGACCAGUAAUGGUCUUAUCAGUUCUGUCGAUAUACUGGUUGGACUUUUAAACUGAUAUUUGGAAGUCGAUCUCUGAUUGGUGCAUUCCUCAUAAAUCUUAUAUUGGAACAUCAGUGAUUACUUCUUUCUCCAGUUUUAUUUUCAUAAUCGGUGAUACUCGUAGUUGCAUAGUCAUUUUUUGUACGAAUGAAAAAUAUGGGCUGCUCUCUAGUGUGAUGUGCAGCUAUCCAUAGAGCGCCCCCAACAGCAUGUGGAGCUUAGUUGUGAUGUUUAUGUUGACGUCACCUCCCAUCAGGCACCACAGUUUUCUAAUGCGGAAGUCAGCAGACUUGUUUCUUUUAUUAAGUAAUUUUAGAUGAAUAUUGUGACUUAAAAUAUGUAAAUUAUAACAUAAUGAUCCACGAGUGUCAGAGAUAACUAUAGAGACACAAACACGACUGAUUUAAAUCAAUUUCAAAUGAACUGUUGUGCAUUUUUACCCUCUGGUUCAGCUCAGCUCUGUCUCAGUCCGUUCUAGCAUUGAAAUCUUCAGAAAACCUAAACCUAAUAAAAUAACUGUAACAAGAUACUCAGACUGUUAUGGAGAAUGCAAUAUUAUAAUAUAUAUGACUGUUUGUGUUAAAGUCACAUGAUGCUUUAGAACAAACCUGAUUGGUUGAUGUCUGAGUGGGUGAUAUGACAAUUUAAAACAAACAAAUUCCCUGUAGUUUAAUCUGAGCUGAGACAGGUCAGAACUCUCAGGUGGAGCUGUUUAACUGUCAAACUUCAUAUGUGUUGACCAAGUUUAGACCUGGUUUAGACCUGGUCUAGACCUGGUCUGGACCAUGAUUAAUAUCUCUGUAAUUACUGGGUCUAUCCACAUAAACAAAAACUGCCUCAAAGCUCUAUAGACCCCUGCACAACAUCUGAGAUGAUAUCACAUUUGGUCAAAUCGUUCGGCCCUGGUGCUUCCUGUUUAUCUCCUUUGUCAUGUGACUUCAGUGUGGGUGUGGGUGUGGCCUGUUUAUUUGUGGGUGUGGCUCUGUUUGUUUGUGGGCAUGGCUCUGCACCUUGUUUGUGUUUACAUUUGUACAGAAAUGAGAGUUUAUAUAAAUGUCAAAGGGAUUCUGUCUCGUCCAAUCAGAAGCUGCGGGAUAAUCACAUGACUUUGUUUGUUAAAUUUUAUUAUUGUUAUUGUUUUUUGUGGGAGUGGCCUUUGAGACGAUGCAAUAUGUGAUAAAAUAUGAGAGAAAAUGAGGCUUGUUUUUUUUAAGUAUGGGAGAUUUUUGCUUUAAUAAAAUGCUUUUCUUCAGUUUAUUCGGCUCUGAGUCCAUUUGACCUC